AACUUGCCGGACAUGGACUCGGAGCUGGAUACGCACAGCGCGGUCAGCUAUCAUUGGCGUGUGUGGCAACUGAUGGGUUUGAUACGGCCACCAGGUGCGUCACGUUUGGGAUUCGUGUUGCGCUCGCUGGUCAUCAAUGUGCUGGUCACGCUGCUGUUUCCCAUCACGCUGCUGGCCAAGCUCUUCUUCACGUAUUCGUUGCGUGAACUCUGCGAGAAUCUUACCAUCACCAUCACGGACAUUGUGGCGAAUCUGAAGUUCAUCAAUGUGUUCCUCGUGCGUCGCCAGCUGCACGAGAUCAAGCAACUGCUGGCGGUGCUCGAUGGACGUGCUCUCGCCGUGAAUAACGCCGAUGAGUUGGCUGUGCUCCGUCAGGCGGUGCACACGGCUCGUCUCAGUUUUCGCACCUUUGGGGGCAUCUUUGUGUUUGGCACCACGUUGAGCUGUCUGCGUGUGGCCAUCGCCAAGGAGCGCCAGCUGCUGUAUCCGGCAUGGUUCGGCAUCGAUUGGCAGCACUCGAAUGUCGCCUAUGUACUCAUCUAUGUGUAUCAGCUCUUCGGUCUGAUUGUCCAGGCCAUUCAGGACUGUGCCAACGACUCGUAUCCGCCGGCAUAUCUCUGCAUACUCACUGGACACAUGCGUGCCCUGGAGUUGCGUGUGCGUCGCAUUGGUUAUCAUGUUCAACAUCAGCAUGCCGCAUACUUUGAACUCACGGCCUGCAUUGAGGAUUAUGUGAACAUUCUGCGGCUGCAUGCCAUCAUCCAGCAGAUACUCUCAGUCGCCUGUUUCGCUCAGUUCAUGUGCUCCGCUGCCGUUCAGUGCACGGUGGCGAUGCACUUUCUGUAUGUGGCGGAUUCGCAUGAUUUGAGUGCCAUGAUCCUGUCGCUGGUCUUCUUCAGCGCUGUCACCUUGGAGGUGUUCAUCAUCUGCUACUUUGGCGAUCGCAUGCGCACCCAGAGCGAGGCGCUCCUCAAUGCCUUCUACGCCUGCAAUUGGAUGGAUCAGAAUAAGCGCUUCAAGCGCAACCUCAUCAUCACCCUGAUGCGCACUCAGCGACCGUCGUACAUUCUCGCUGGUGGCUACAUCGCCGUCACCCUGGAGACCUUUGUGCAGGUCAACCGACUCACUUAUUCAGUAUUUACGCUGCUGCUGCGCGCCAAGUAAACAUCGGGAACUAUUUAUGUUAGUCAUGGCUGCCUGAGGAACGUUCCAGCUUUAGUCAUUAUAUAAUGACUUUACUUUUGCACAUGUCACAAAUUAGGAUUGCAACCAAAAGUAUUCACUCACUGAAUACAC